AUGAAGUACAUCGCGCGAGCCCCGGAAAAGGAGAACCACGGGUUGGGGAAUUUUAACCUCAUCAUUUCCUCAUCUGGGCGAUGCGCUAUUGAUAUCUUGCAGGCAAUGUUUAUGCAUCAGUGCCUCGGAUCUCAGGCCGCGAGCCUUCUCGUGCGGCUGGACCUUGAGAGCGAUUAUGAUCGUGUUCCGAAUCGAACAAGUUACUACGACAAGCAACACGAUCGCUCGAGUGCUCCACGACUUAUCGAUGCGACUGGUGCCUACGGCGUCAAGCGAUACGUUGCAAAGACCAUACGUGUUCGAUUCGUCUAUGGGCGGCUGGCCAGGCUCGCAGUAGGCUGUCGCGAGACGGCCCUGAAGUUGAUGAGUCUGGUCGAGAGACUCCGAUCGCAGUGGCCAGGGUCAAAAUGGGGAAGCUUCUUCAGUGCGCUGAUGGGGGUCGCGAAGUCGGACCAGAUAACGCGUCUAAGGGAUCAAUUGGAAGACUACAGAAAUAAGAUUGCUCUGUGUCUGAAGGUUUUGCAAAGCGAGCAACAGUCGGCCAUUCUAUGGAGAGUCGACGCUUUACAAGAUGCAAGUGUUAGUCUCCAAGCACACCUAACCGACAGCAUUCACGGGGUUCGUCAGGAGCUACUGACCGCCAUCGGUCACUUGCGCAACGAACUCUUCCGGCAGCACUUUCGUAUGAUUAUUGAUCGGCAGACGAAAGCAUCGGAUGAUGAUGUCUUCUUCCGCAACAUGGCGCAGCAGGAUCCCAUCGACGUCACUCCGCACAUUGCGACACUAUCCAAGACAGCCAAGUUAGGACGGUCAAUGAUGGUUUCGCUGACACUGCUACGAGCGCUGUGGUUCAACCUAAUGAACUUCCGCCACUCGAAGAUCAAAGACGCGCACAUGAAUACGUGCCGCUGGAUGCUCAACCAUCAGUUCUCGCGGUGGGUGUUAUCACAUGUUCCCCUCUUCUGGGUCAGUGGCAAGCCAGGGAGCGGGAAGAGUACGCUGAUGAAGUUCCUGGUCGACAAUCGUCAGGUCUCGCAACUACUUAAGCACUGGUCGCGCGGUGUGAAAGUCCUGACUUCUAGUUACUUCUUUUGGAUCAACGGGACUGAGUUGCAGAAGUCCCAGGAGGGGCUUUUGCGGUCUCUGCUCUACGACCUCAUCCGGCAAGACCCAAACCUGGCACAAUGCGCAUUCCCUGAUCGCUAUCAAAUGUUAUGGUCGGGAUACGGCCUCGAUGACCUCGCGCAGUGGACUCGAAGGGAUUUGUUCGAGGCCCUCAAAAGGAUUGUUAAUCACCAUAACUCUCCCUACAUCUGCCUCAUGAUUGAUGGAUUGGAUGAGUACAAUGGCGACAGUGACGAGUUGAUUUACCUAUUCAGAGACUUGUCGCGAAGCCCCAAUAUCAAAUUGUGCAUCUCCAGUCGUCCCUGGAAUGUCUUCGAAUCGGCGUUCGGCGCCCAUCCAGAAUUCAAGUUGUACCUCGAAGACUUCAACAGACAGGAUAUUGAGCUUUAUGUGAAGAAUAAUCUUGUCGAUCGCCGCGAUUUCCAGAUCCUUCGGAUGCGAGAUCCCUCUGCCGAUCAGUUGGUGCUCGAAAUCACAGCCAUCCCGUCGGACCUGGAUGACUUUUUCGAUCAUAUCCUCAAAUCCAUCGACGAAACGUACCGGCCACAAUCUGCUCGGGCAUUUCUCAUUACUCUAUGUGCUCCCCGGCCACUCUCCGUUCUCAACUAUUGGUACCUUGAUCUGGAGGAGCACGAGCGGGAAUCCUUGUCUCGCAUCCCAGUGAAGGCACUUACCAUUCCCCAACUGGAGGCACGCCAGAAUGAAAUGCGGCGACGAUUGAACGGGCGAUGUAUGGGACUGUUAGAAGUCACAAAAAGUGAGGCAAUAGAAACAUUUAGAGAGUGGGCUAGAGUCGACGUCUACACACCACGUGCCGAGUUUGACCACUUCGCAGACUCUUUACCAUCUUGCCGGGUUGAGUUUGAACCUUACCGCGUCAUGGCGAUAACGAGUCUUGCGGAGCUCAAAUCGGCUCCGAUUGAAUACGGGUUUUUACGGGAACGUCGCAGAGGGCCCAUCCUGGAGCCUGUGAACGACAUAUUCUUCGCCGCCCUUCAGUACGAGAAAGAGAGGAGUCAGCCGCUAUCCAGAGAACUUGGCGACCUAGACCACACUGUCACAAAACAUGCGGCGGAUCACCCUACUCAACAGCCCUGCUAUCCGUGGGGGAAUUGGGGUUCGGCCGGUUUUGUCUCCCACGCCAUCAAGUGGAACGUGCAGCUAUAUAUCAGGCAUUGGAUGGAUAGGGCACAACCAUCAAUGGGAUAUAUCAGGACCAUGCUUUUGGGACAUGCGCAGCAAGGUCGGUUUGCAUGGAACGGAGAAAAGAUGCUGGAUCCUGAUCCGGAGAUGAUCAAAAUGCUCGAGGAGUGGACACCCACUAAACAGAGUUGGAACCCUCUAAAGAGGUGGUUCAGCAGCAGGAGGUCUAAGGAUUGA